GGGAGAAUUCAAAGAAGUUUUGUAUAAAUAAAAUUAAUUAGUGGUAUUUGUUUAUAUAUAAAAAAAUAUGAACGCUAAUUUCGGUUCAUUGUUAUGGGUAUCAAUUUUAACAAAAUAAAUGCAUCAACUGUAUUUUGUGUAAUAGGGUAGAUUAGGGUGGAAUUCAAUAGGGAUCUAUCUGCAAAAUGGCAGACCAAGGCCAUUCCUCAAGCCAGGGAAACAACAGGCCCAGUUUCUUUGACAAACUAGAUUUUCAAACAAAUAAUACUGAUAUGAGUACAGAAAAAAGACGUCAAUUGAAACUCAAUUUUCCUUCAGGCCCUUCUGGGGGAUUAGUAUUUCCACAACCACAGGCUCAAAUGCCUGUAGCUUCAAAUUGUUUUCCAGGUUUACCUAAUAGUAGUCCACAGGCAUUUAUGAAAAUGAGUAACGAUACUUCUGUUAGACAAAAACCUUCUUUAGGAAGAUUGCCUAAAAAUAAUCAAGAUUUCAUUCAGGAAAAAACACGAUUUGGUCCAACUGAGCAUAAGAAAAUAAGGGAACGUUUGAAAAUGUGCCAAGGUCUACAAUCUUCUGGAAAAUUGCAAUUGGCACCCGGAAAGACAUACGAUUUUACAUCUGAAGAUCUGCAGGACCUUGGAGAGAUAGGUCGUGGGGCAUUCGGAGCUGUAAAUAAAAUGGUGUAUCGUAAAACUGAUACAGUAAUGGCCGUUAAAAGAAUAAGGUCUACAGUUGACGAACGAGAACAAAAACAGUUACUUAUGGACCUUGAAGUUGUUAUGAGGUCUAAUGAAUGUCCAUGUAUAGUUCAGUUUUAUGGAGCUUUAUUCAAAGAGGGAGACUGUUGGAUAUGCAUGGAGUUAAUGGACACAUCAUUAGAUAAAUUCUACAAGUUUAUUUAUGAUAGAUUACAUGAAACAAUUCCAGAGACAAUUUUGGCAAAAAUCACAGUUGCUACGGUAAAAGCUUUGAACUAUUUAAAAGAGAAAUUAAAGAUCAUUCACAGGGAUGUGAAACCAAGCAAUAUUCUCUUGGAUAAAUCUGGCGAUAUAAAAUUAUGUGACUUUGGAAUAUCAGGGCAACUUGUUGAUUCAAUAGCACAGACCAGAGAUGCUGGUUGUAGACCAUACAUGGCACCCGAGCGUAUAGAUCCCCAACGAGGAAGAGGAUAUGAUGUUCGAAGUGACGUGUGGUCCUUAGGAAUCACGUUAAUGGAAGUUGCCACUGGUAGAUUUCCGUACCCUAAAUGGAAUUCAGUGUUUGAGCAGCUUUAUCAAGUUGUACAAGGAGAUCCACCAAGACUUACUCUUGAACACAAUGGAAAUUAUUUUACUCGUGAAUUUGUUACAUUUGUUAAUACUUGCUUGAUUAAAGAAGAAAAUCAGAGACCUAAAUACAAUAAAUUAUUGGAACAUCCAUUCAUUAAGCAAGGAGAGCAAAGUACUACUGAUGUAGCUUCGUAUGUGAGUGGAAUUUUGGAUGCUAUGGCUAAUAAUGGUGUGACGCAAUUCACAGCCGAUGAACCAGCACAGAAUUGGGCAGAAGGAAAACCUUGUAUCUCCUCGCGACGAUAAGCUCCGUGCUGUGCCUGACCUACGCAGCUCCCGGAUUUUCCCAUGGUGACUUUGGCCACCUCUCCGGCGGAUACGGCCACGAGGACUUUGGCGGUGGUUCUUCCGGCGGAUUCGAAGGCGGACACGGCUUUGG